AUGGAGAAAGAGAAACAGAGUAAGCUGAAGAACAAGUUCUUGAAAGCAAUAACAGUAACGUUUCAGAACGCACCUUUCAGUCCUGGAAGGGAGCAUAAAUUUAGGUCAGACAAUAACACAAACAGAUGGGGUGCAAAAACGAACGGUGGAAAAGGAUUCUCUGGACCUAUGGUUACUAUGAUUCCUUACGAAGCUAGAAGAAAACCUAAAGAUGGGGGUGUUAAUGUAACACAAGAACCAACUUCACCGAAGAUUUCUUGUAUGGGACAGAUCAAGCAUCACAAGAAGAAACAUAUUCCGAAAAACAAAACUACUGAUGCAAAUACUCCAAAGGAUGCAGAUUUGAAGAAAUCGAAAUCAUCGAGGUUUCAGAGAAUAUUUUCACAGAGAUCCAAAUCGAAGUUUGUGGAAAGGAAAUUCGACGAGUCUGGAUCUGUUGGUGGAGGGAGCAAAGCGCCGCCGAUGGGUGAUAUGAAGAGAUUCGCGAGUGGGCGUGAAGCUUUUUCGAGUUUCAAUUGGAAAGCUGUGAUUGAGCCUGAGGAAAUCGAUGGGAGGGAUUGUUUUACUGAUGCGGAAGAUGAUGAGAUCUUGAUUCCGUUUUCUGCACCAAUUUUGGUUGGUGGAGGUGGUGAUGACGGUGAUGAUUCUAGACCUAGUUUGAAGUUUAAACCAAGGAAUGAAAUUAAUCUUUGGAAGAGAAGAACAAUGGCACCACCAAGGCCUCUUCAGUUGAAUCCUGUGCUUAAGGCUAAGUAA